AACAAAAUGGCGACAAGUCAUACGUGCGGCGAGUUUUGUUGCUCAUUCUCCAGCCAGCUGUUGUGAGCUCUAGCGAACCAAACGAUGAAUACUGGGGGCGGGACCGGCCCGGGCAGUUCUUCCGUCCUGCUGCGGCUCGCUACGGCUCUGUUUUACGGGUUUUCUUCCUUCAUGAUAGUCGUGGUGAACAAGAGUGUUCUAACGACCUACCAGUUUCCAAGUUUCCAGUUCUUGGGGCUUGGUCAGAUGGUGGCCACCAUUGUUGUUAUGUACAGUGCCAAGAAACUCAGUAUAGUCAAGUUUCCAGACUGGAACAGGGACAUUCCUAGAAAAGCUUUUCCACUGCCGCUUAUAUACAUUGGCAACUUAAUAUUUGGACUGGGAAGCACAAAGAGAUUAAAUCUGCCCAUGUUCACAGUACUCCGUAGAUUCUCCAUACUCUUCACCAUGAUUCUGGAAUACGUGGUGCUCGGGCACCUAGCUUCCAGGAGAGUACAGGCAAUAGUAGUACUGAUGGUGAUAGGAGCCAUUAUAGCUGCCUUAAACGACCUUGCCUUUGACCUCAGGGGUUACGUCUUCAUACUUCUCAACGACCUUUUCACGGCGCUGAACGGCGUUUACGUCAAGAAGAAACUGGACUCCAAGGAACAGGACCAGGAGGAUGUGAAUGAGGAGCUAGGAAAAUAUGGACUCCUUUUCUACAACGCCCUGUUCAUGCUGUUCCCAACCAUGGCCAUCUGUGUCAGCACUGGAGACUUUGAAAAGGUGCUGUUGUUCGAGGGCUGGACUGAACCACUCUUCGUCUUACAGUUCUUCAUGUCCUGCUUCAUGGGGUUCAUACUGAUGUACUCCACUAUCCUGUGUACAGGCCACAACUCUGCACUCACAACAACUAUAGUUGGCACAAUUAAGAAUAUAUUGAUAACGUAUUUAGGAAUGGUAUUUGGUGGAGACUACAUUUUCAGCUGGUCAAAUUUCGUAGGACUGAAUAUCAGUGCUUUAUCUGGUAUUACAUAUUCCUACAUCACCAUAACCGAAGCCCAGAAAUCAGCUCGGGGAGGAUAGUUCAUUCCUUGCUACACCAUAGAGGAGUGUUUUCUGUAGCCUGUGCUAUACUUACAUCAGCCUCACAGACCCUUACACCAGGAGGCCCAGCAGUUACACCUCUACAGGACACAGUUCUGACCACUCCAACCUCAGAGUACAGAUCUUAUAGCAUGUAGUGUUACAACUGUUACUUAGUACAAUUAGUUUUAGGUACAGGUGUAAGUAUAUGUACACAGUUUUAGGUACGUGUACAGGCCUACAUGUAGACCUGUACAAACAUGAACAUUAACAUUUUUUUUUACAUGCAAUCUUCAAGCAGAUCCUAUGGUAGGCAAGGUAGUAUGACCACUGGCCAACAAGUGUAAACCUGGAGACUGGUGGUCAAUGAUGGCCAAUUGGUAAACACACCAUUCUUCAAAUGGUGGAUGAUGUACAUGUUAUGUAACCUGGAUAGAUGUUAAUUGAGGUUAGGCCACACCAACUUAAUUUUAUAGAUGACAUCCACGCGCACAUUGAUUUUCACCUGUUCUAGGU